CAGUUGGUGUCAAACCAUCGGGGUUUGAGUGUACACUUUUUAAAGUGGACCGGGCUUUGGGUUCACCUUUCGUUUUCACCUCAUCAUCUUGGGCGUUGAAACGGCGGAAACUGCAAGAAAAUUGUGUCCCGACUGCAGCAAACAGACGCUGUCAGACGCUAGAUCAGACUUUUGAUCAAAACAAACGCGCCCGCAGCGCCCUCGCAGCGACUUUGCAGCGAAGCUUGAAUAAACAAACCAUAAAAUGGCGUCGUCAGACCCGAAAGGAGGGCUGCUGAGCACCCAAACAGAAAAGCCAAAUCAUUACACAUACCUGAAGGAAUUUCGUGUGGAACAGUGUCCGUCGUUUCUGCAGCAUAAAUGCAACCAGCACCGACCCUUCAUCUGUUUCAAUUGGCACUUUAUGAAUCAGCGACGCCGUCGGCCAGUGCGUAGACGCGACGGUUCGUUCAACUACAGUGCGGACAACUAUUGCACCAAGUACGACGAAACGACCGGAAUCUGCCCGGACGGAGAUGAUUGCCCCUUCUUGCAUCGCACGGCCGGCGACACCGAACGUCGCUACCACCUGCGCUACUACAAGACGUGCAUGUGCGUGCACGAUACGGACGCGCGCGGGUACUGCGUCAAAAAUGGCCAGCACUGCGCCUUUGCCCACGGCAUCCACGACCAGCGCCCGCCCGUCUACGACAUCAAGGAGCUGGAAGCGCUGCAAGCGGCCGAGGCCAGCGGCGAGUGUCUGAAUGGACCGAACGUGCUGGACAAGGAGCGCAACCUGAUGAACGAGGACCCCAAGUGGCAGGACACAAACUACGUGCUGGCCAACUACAAAACGGAACCGUGCAAGCGGCCACCGCGGUUGUGCCGCCAGGGUUACGCCUGCCCGCAGUACCACAACAGCAAGGACAAGCGGCGUAGCCCGCGCAAGUACAAGUACAGAUCGACACCAUGCCCGAACGUCAAACACGGCGAAGAGUGGGGCGAGCCGGCCAACUGCGAGGCCGGUGACAACUGUCAGUACUGUCACACGCGCACCGAGCAGCAAUUCCACCCGGAGAUCUACAAGUCAACCAAGUGCAACGACGUGCAGCAGGCCGGCUACUGUCCGCGGUCGGUGUUUUGUGCGUUUGCUCACGUGGAACCUUACGUUCUGACGGAGGAGCUGACCGGCCGCGACUUGGACAGCCAGGCGCUCGCCCUUAGUGAUAUGAUUUCGUCGGUCCUCCCGCCAGACAACGGUUCGCUUAGCAAAAAGGACAAACACGAACUAGCGGUGAGUGUUCUAAGCUAUCUGGAGGCAGGACGGCAGGAGGCAGGAUUAGGAGGAGGAGGAGGAGGAGGAGGAGGAGGUGUUUUACCAUUUGAACUUGAACCGCAGAAUUUUCACUCGUUCUUCCAGCUGCUGCAAACGAACGGUAGCGGCGCCGAAAGUAGUGAAUCGGCCAGCACCAGCAGUCUCGGCUCGAACCAUAGUAAUUCACACAACAAAGCACCCGGUUCACAGUUACAGCAAAACAAGCAUAAUAAUUGCCUCCUGGGGGGCGCUUCUGCCGGUUCGGUGACGGCCGCCAAUUGCAAUGGCGCUAGCUUACAGGCCACAUUUUACAACAACGGCGGUGGUGGCGCUGCUAGCUCAUUGCUCUCCAACAACUUUCCGGAGUUUACACCAGAGCUGCGGGCACAGCUUUUAGCAAUUGACAACGAUCUUACGAUGGGCCCUCUGGACAAGGAACAACGAAAGCGCAUGUGUUACUCUGCAUUCAGGAAUUUCGCUUCCUCCCUGGACGGUGGCGUUUAUGAUAUGGCGCGACGUGACCCGAUGCACGGUUUAGACAAUUCAAUUUCCGCCGGAAUCGCCUCGUCCGGUUUGCUGGCGAGCAGCUCCGCCCCGGUCAACAUCCCCGGCUCCCCGAUGGCCAAUUCCAUCUCCGGCCUCCUCCAAGGAACAUCCGCGCCGGUCAACAUUCCUGGCAGUUCGCUGAGCAACAACUUUAGCCCGUCGUCGCACUCCAAUCUGUUCGGCAUGAGUGACGCGAUGUUCGGCGGCGGUGGCAACACGGCCCAUCACAUUGGCAGCAGCUCGGCACCGAAGCUGGCGAACUCGUUCGGCCACAAUAACGCCGAUAGUCUCUUCUUUCAAUCGCACAUCAUCUCUCCGGUGCUAACCGGCGGCGAUGGUGGUCUGUCAGCUAGUCCGGAACUUAGUCGAAUAUCGGAACUAAACUCGCUCAACAACGAGCUGAGCAACAACAACACGAACCUGCUGUUUGACAACCACAUGCAGCAAGCCGUUCAGCAACAGCAACAACAGCAGCAGCAGCAGCAGCAAAUGCACCAAAAUCAGCAUCAACAUCAACAUGCAGCCGCUGCGGCAGCGCUGGUUGCGGCCGCCGCCAAGGGUUCCAACUCAAACCACCCGUACUCGAUGUCCCCGCUCGUUACCUCCGAGAUGGGCCGGCUACGGGAGGAGCUUGCCAACAAGAACGCACAAAUGAUGAACUGGGAGGUGAUGCAGGCCACGAACGCAUGCGAGGCGUGGAAGGCGCAGAUGGAGGAGAGCAACCGGAAGACCGUGAUAGCCGAACAGCAGCGCGACGAGGCCCUGUCACACGUGAAGGCGCUCAAGGAAAAGAUGGAACACAUGAGCAUCACCGGCAACAGCACGGCCAACUUCCGAACGACAGACUUUAGGGGAAUGCCGCUGCAAAAGUUGAAGAACAUCCAGGCCAAGCUGCGCGCCGAAAUCGAGGAGGUCGAAAAGGUCCUGUACCUGGAGACCGCCACCAAGUGUAUGAAGUGCGAGGAGAACAAUCGAAGCGUGACGCUCGUGCCGUGCAAUCACUACGUGCUGUGCGACUCGUGCGCGGUAACUCAGCGCGAGUGCCCCUAUUGCCAGACGCCGGUCACGUCGCAGGCGUAAACCCCACCCCCACAAUCGCGUCUCAAUAGCUGAGACAUCAUUUGAUCGACUUCCAAGCAACCGAUCAACUGAUUGAAACUGUCUGUAUUUCCUGCUUUUUUUUUUUAGGAGGAGUCACGUCCUCGUUCGAACUAUACCCUGUACUCUGUAAUUAGUUUUUGCGUGAAUUCUUGCAAAAAGUGAUAUUUUCGUACCGACAAGUAACAAACUGACGAAAGUGAACAAAAAUUCACUAUAAACACAAAUCCACACAACGCAAAGCAAAAGCCCAUUGAACUGAUGAUUCGCAGAAAAGGGAGAAAACGCGAACGUUAAGUAGAUUUUUUUUGUAAUUUUUACACAACCUGACAUUUGCUUUGCUUGAUUUCCCGUUUAGAAUCGAAUCGCGUUUCUAUCUCUAGGGAAAACAUAGAACUUUACACAAACAAAAAAUGACAGGGACGAUCGAAUUGCUUUGUUUCCUUUUGCACGCGUUUAGUGCACGUUAACUUAUUUUCCUUAAUUUUUAUACAAAAGAAUAAGAAAUAAUUUGGGGAAGUCAGAAGAAGCAUAAAACCCGCUUAGAUGACUAGCUUUUAUUUUCCAAUUAGUAAGCAAUCUGAUUUGUACAACGCGAUCGAAAGUGCGCGCGCAACAAAACCCGUUCGUAUUAGUUUUCAGAAAUGAAAUUGCAUUUGCUCUUUAUACUUUGUAAUAGGAAAUAAAAUACAAAAUACAAAUCAAUACAAACUAUGAUUACGAACAGGAUGUGUGAACUAGGAAUGUAGGAAAACAAAUAAUAAACAAGAGACGAUUUAUAAAUAAAAAUGAUAUAUAAAUAUUUAUAAUUUAUUUUUGCUAUCUAAUUUAACAAAUCUUUAGGGUAAUCCAAUUUGUUUUUGUUUAUUGCCUGUAGCCACUUUUUUAUAUGAAAAACAAAAAAAAAGAGAAAUUUUUUGCUUGUGCGCGAGUCGCACACGGCCAUCAAACUUGUGAGGCAAUGCAAAAGCAAGAAAGAAAGAGAAGUGAAAUGAACGCGACGCAACACGUUAGAAAAAAUUGCAUAUUCCUUAUUAUUCUCUUAAUGUAAAACAAAACAAAUCUUAAAACAAAACUAUAUUAUUAUAUACGGCAGAUCAAUUGAAUAUUAUUACUCUCAUAAUCCUAUUUGAAGAGAUAGGUAGCGAACUAAAUGAAUAAUAAAUAAAAUACACGAGAAAGAAGAAUGGCCGAAAGCGCAGAACAAAACAUACACAAAAACUGUGAAAUGUAGCAUUAUAGAGAGAGAUGGGGGAGAAACUACGCGGAAGAAAAUCGAGUGUUGUUAACCCUUUUCUUGCAAAGUGUUGUUAGGAUGAAGAACAAGAUUGAUUUUAUAAUGAUAACCAUCACAGAUACAAAGAAAACAAACAUAUUAACUCUUUGGUUUUAUUUUACUCCUCUUCCUUGGUUUCCUUUUUUUUUCUCUUUCUGAUGUCUUUGUUGGUCGAUCUCUACACGUCGCUUUUAUUAGAAAAAAAAACUACCUUUCAUUUAACUAGUCAACACUCGCAACAUGUGUUAUUCGUAACAGUCGAAUAAACUUGGUCAUAUUUGGCUCAUUCUAUUAGAUAUCUUUCUUUCGACUCCUGAUUUUGAGUAACAAUGUAUGAGUUUCAACGGCUAUUAUUUUUAACUAGAUACCACAUUUAUGUAAAAUUCUCGAUUUCAGUCGAUUUUGAAACUGUUUGCGAAUGCUCCAAUUUCCAUUCAGUCGGGGCUGUAGUUAUGACGUGUUAUGAGUUUCCUGGUCGCCUUUUUUCAGUCCUUAUCAUCGACGUGCAAGAUGAUGCUUUGAUCCGUCAAGCCCAGGCCUCGUGUUUGGUUUUUGAUCUUUUGGUUGAGGAAGCCAGUUCCGGUUUCGUCACUCGGCUUGGCCAGGGUUUGCAGAGAGUAUUUUUCAGUGUUCAUCUUGGAUCAUGGACCAUUGGUUUCAGUUGAAAGCAGAAGAUAAACGUUUUGUGUUUUUCAGUAUUCCACUCUUGGCAGGAUUUUUCAAAGAUUUUGCAAGGUUUGACGACGUUAUGUCAGCGAGGCAAAAGCAUCUUUCUCUGUCUGAUGAAAUUGCACAUUUAAAAUAAACAGUUUUUUCAGUCUGCACUUUGCUGACUGUUUCUGUCAAAUAAAAACAAUCAAUCAAUCAAUCAAAGCAAUUUGUAUUUUUUUUCUUAGCGUUAUGAUGUGAAACUGAUAGAAAACUGUCAGCUUACUGAGAUCAAAGUAGUCCUAACGAGCACGAUUUCGACCGACCAUUUGAAUUCACACAGCCGCCAAAAAACAAGGCCUAAUGAGUUGCUUUGAGUUACAUUUAAAAAAAAUUGUUUUGGUUUUUUUUUCGUUUAAUUCCCAAGUUUCGCACCUUUUUUACUAAAACACUGAACCGAGCAUAUUCCUGCAAUGUUACAAACUCGCCGUGAAACUACAUCUCUCAAGCAAACAAACAAUAGAUAGCCCACGUUUCGACGAUAGUAGUAUGUUGAUAGCAAACAAAGAACCGAGAUCCCAUCAAGAUUUUCUACAUAGAUAAAAACAAAACAAUAAAUCAACAAAACGCUAACAAUUCCCUCGAAGAACAGUAGCAAACACACACAGAUUCCUAUCAAGUCAGCGAAUAAGUAGAAGGUACUAAACAAAUCGUAGCCCGUUUUACACAGUCACAAUGAAGGAAGAAUAGGAAGAAGAAAUAAUGAGCAGCAGACGCCGAGGGCAAUCUCAGCAGCGGAGACAGCGGCAGCCACCUAACACUACACAUAUAUUUUCGAUAAAUAUUUACGGAAAAGUAUAUUCUUCUAACGUCCCCUUUGAAAAUCGUACAGCGUCGUUGAUUGAUACGAUACUUUCAAUAGUGAAGAGAGCUCUUAGGCUUAAAAUAGACGGGCCCCUCGAACAAUUUUAAGCUACCUUUGAUAGGAGAAGUUUCAAAAAGUAUCGUUGUCUGUUUGAACCAAUAGGGGAAAUAUACCAUUUCUCAGCCUAUUUCUAUUAUCGGCCUAUCAGCACUUUGAUCAUGAAUUACAGCUUUCAUAAAGUGUUUUUGACUGUUCCAAGGUAAUAAAUAGCUCAAACAAAAGUGAGCUAGCAACUCUCCAGUGUUGAUAUAUCUGGAAAUGUUUGCAAAACAGCAAAAGUGAUGAAAAUUGGUCGAACGGCUUAGACUGAUUUAUAUGGGUAUAUUUCCCCUAGUACAUAGUACACGAGACUUUGCCGAAUCAAAAUUUGAUAUUAUUUUCAAGCUGACGGUAAAAUUGGGUCUGUAUAUGAUUUAAUGCCUAAUUUUACCAUCCUGAUCACCUGCUUAAAGUUCUCACGUAUCCAUAUUAGGCUGUAACAAAAUGAGCCCAAAUCCCAAAUAUGAGCUUGAUUGGUUGCGACAGGGCCUAGCGCGUUGUCCUUUUGAAGCUGAAAUGAAAUUCAACCCGUAAAAUCGGUGUAAUAGUAAUAUAAAUUCUGUAACCUUCAAAAUAGUUGACAAAUCACAAACACAAACUAUGAGCUGGUGAGGUUUUUGAAAGAUUCCAAAAUCGUUAAGUGGCUCAAAAUUGGCAAAAACCGAAAUGCAACGAUUUAAGGUUUAAAUCUCAUUUAAACUUCAUAGUUGAAUCGCCAGGUCCUAUAGUAACCAAUCUAGCUAAUUUUUGGGAUUCGGGCAUAGUACAUCUAGCGGAUCAUGCCCUGAAAUGCUCGCAUUAUUAACCCGUUUUGUUACAUCCUAAUCCAUAUGGUUUCCCGUUUGAAUUGCUUCCCUCGUCACCCAUCGUAGUAGGCAUUAUUUACAAUAAAAAUUAAAUAAAACAUUGUACCCACCGCACGUGUCAAAGGUUGGUGACGAUCUCCCAAUUUUCUCAAAAUCAACAGCUCGAAAAAAACAACGUGAAUUUGCCAAAUUAACAUGAAAUCAGUUGAUAUUUCAGUUUAACAAAAUAUUGCGCCGCUCAAAUUUUGGUCUAACCGGUAACAACACAUCCAGAACGAGGGAAGAUUCAUUGCGUAGAGUAAACAACUUUUUCCAUGAUACAACAAUUAAAUAAUGCAUUGUUCUAUUUUUUCAGCAUUCCUCGUUUUGUUUUAAUUUAUUUCUGAAAACUAAAGGCUUUUUCAAAUAUCUCAAACUUGCAUUUUUUUUAUCUGUAUAUUCGGCGGUAGCUAAAACAAUUUCCAAAAUGAAUUCAAAAUGAAUUAUGUUUUCUACUCGAAUAUAUUUUUGACACAAUGCGACUGUAAUUACAAAUACUUCAAUGAACGCUAUCAUAACGUACACGUUACACUUUUAUGUUUAUCUCGAUUACCAAUCCAUUAAUUAUUUUGUUUUGUACAUUUUUCUCGUGAAAUGAUACAAAUAAUAUCUUAAAAAUCGUCAAUCUAGAAAUUUUCUUACGCUUCACUUUUAAAGUACCCUGUUAGACAUUUUUCUUGCUUUUAUUCGGUCUCUUUUUUCAUAGUUUAAACCCAUAAAAAUCUCAUAUAAUUAAUUUGUUUUGCUUUACUUUUUUAUUGCUUCAUAGGUAGGAAGUUUAACAAAUUAUUUUCAAACUAAAAUUCUAUAAAAACAGACGAUCGAAAUCUGAUGAAAAAAUAUUUAUAGUGAUAUUAACAAAACAGAAUCAAUGAUUGAUAUAAUUAUAAAAGUUUUAAAAUGUGGAAUGGAAAAAAUAAAUAUUGUGAAGCUAUAUACAUAUAUAUUUAUAAUUUGUAUAUAAAUAAGAGACAAACAAAUUACUAGGAAACUAAACAAUUCAAAAAAGCACAGUGCGGUGCGAAACAACAGAUUUUUAUGAAUGACAAUGAAAAGAGCAGAGCAGGGGAGGGAUGAUUAAAUUGAUAAAGCAACAAUUAAUGCAUGUAGCCACAGCAGUUUGUGAGAGCAAUAGUUAUUCGAUCCAGCGGUAACAAACCCCGAACCCCGUUAGAAAUUUUGGAAAGCGUCAACAACUGCAAACACGAAAAUCAAUAACAAAUUGUUAGUAUGGCGAUGAAAGAGAAAAGGAAAAAAAAACAAGAAAACACGCAAAAACAGAACAUGAAAAAGUGCGGUUGAUCAAAAGAAGGAAGUUCGAAAAUUGAUGAUAAUAUAUUUUAUAGAUUAUGGUAACAAAUUAUUAAAAAGAUGACGAUAAAAUGAAAUAAAAACGCAGAGGACAAGAAUCCAGUGAUUGAAUAUAAACAAAUGAUUCAAAAUAUUAUAAAUGCAAGAAAGCACUAUAUUAUAUAUGUGAAUGAAAGGAAGAAAAUUAGAAUAUACCAGAUAAUACAAAAUAGAAUAUUAUUAUUGAAAUAUAAACACUAUUAGGAUUUCCAAUUUAAACAAUGAACGCUAUGUUUAGAAUAACAAAAUACAUAAAAUAACUAAAAUCGUGAAUGAGCAAAUAAACAAUAAUUCAUUAAAACAUCUCUAUGUGCAUCAAAUACCAACAAAAUUAAAUGAAGAAAAUAGGUUUAUAUUUGUUUCAAACAUGCUUCUUUUUACAGUUGAAUGAGUUUAAAGGGAUUUUCAGCGAUAUGGUUUAAAUUCAAACAAUUAAACAAUCACUUUUUUAUGUCAGCAUCCUUAUUUGUGGGAAUUUUUUUGUUUGCGAAAAAUGUACUUUUAACUUACAAACAUUUCAGCAGUCAAUUUCUGUUCUCGUUAUUCAAUGUUGGCGCAAAAGAAAGAAAAAACAAGUCUUACAGAAUAAAAUAUCGAAAUCGAAACAUAAAAAAGUAGCUAUGAUCAAUAAUAAAAUGUAGAGCAGAAUAUUUAAUAAAAAAAAAAACAGCAAAAUGUGAUUAGUUCUAGUUAGUAGCGAAACAAAAGAAA